UAACACUUUGCCCUUUGUACAAAUGUCUAUGACAUUUUGUAUUUGCCAGCAGCCUGUUCUUUAACAAAAAGCUUUAAUGAAGCAGAAAUAAUCUUUAUAAAAAGAUCACGAGGACUCCAACAAGUCUGACUGGCACCAGUGUUUCUACUGCUGCAGCCUGUUUUAACCAUGUGGUUUUAUAAUUUUUUGCUGAGCGUUGACCUGAGGGGACUUCUUUUGUUUAUUUUUUUGUUCCUUCUAAUAGCAGACCACCUUGAGAACAGGAAACCAGCAAACUUUCCUCCAGGACCAAGGACUCUUCCCUUCAUAGGGAACAUCUUGAGUUUGGACAGCAAACAGCCACAGAACUAUUUCAUUAAGUUGGCUGAGAUCUACGGAAAUAUCUUCACUGUUCGCUUAGGCAAAGAUACGUUUGUUAUUUUGUGUGGACACAAGAUGAUGAAGGAAGCCCUCGUGACACAAGCUGAGAACUUUGUGGAUCGCCCGCACAGCUCAAUAGCUGGCAGGUGUUAUGCUGAACCUGGAGCCGGUCUGUUCAUGAGCAACGGCGACAAAUGGAAGAAACAAAGACGCUUUGCUUUGUCUACUUUGCGUAACUUUGGCCUGGGCAAAAGCAUGUUGGAGCAGAGUAUCUGUGAGGAGAUCCGACACCUGCAGGAGGAAAUAGAGAGGGAGAAAGGUAAACCUUUCAGCCCUGCAGGUCUCUUCAACAGUGCUGUGUCCAACAUUGUUUGUCAGCUGGUCAUGGGGAAAAGAUUUGAUUACAGCGACCACAACUUUCAGAUCAUGCUGAAAUACAUCUCUGAAUCCUUCUGGCUACAGGGGAGCAUUUGGGGUCAACUCUAUGAGGCCUUCCCCAAAGUGAUGGACUACCUGCCAGGUCCCCACAACAAAAUCUUCACCUAUUUUUCUGCCAUACAAACGUUUCUGGCGGAGGAGAUAGAGAAGCACAAGAAGGAUCUGGACCCCAGCAAUCCUCGCGACUACAUCGACACUUUCCUCAUUGAAAUGAAAAAUCACAAAGAUUCUGACCUGGGCUUUACCGAAACCAAUCUGGCGCUGUGCUCUACUGAUCUUUUUCUGGCUGGAACAGAAACCACAGCCACCACUCUGCUGUGGGCGCUGGUUUUCCUCAUCCAACACCCUGAGAUCCAAGAAAUGGUCCAUACUGAGAUUGACACUGUGAUUGGAAGGACAUGCCUCCCCUCUAUGGCUGACAGAAUAAAUCUUCCUUACACUGAUGCUGUAAUCCAUGAAAUCCAGAGGUUUGGAAACAUACUACCAAUCAACGGACUCAGGAUGGCUCAUAAGGACACAACUCUGGGAGGUUGUUUUAUACCUAAGGGCACAGCUGUAAUGCCCAUCCUGACCUCUGUGUUGUUUGACAAAACUGAGUGGGAGACUCCAGACACCUUCAAUCCUGGUCACUUCCUGGAUGCAAGUGGGAAGUUUGUGAAGAGAGAAGCCUUCCUUCCUUUCUCAUCUGGGAAACGUGUGUGUCUUGGGGAAGGCCUCGCCAAGAUGGAGCUCUUUCUAUUUUUGGUUGGCUUGCUGCAGAAGUUCUCCUUCUCUGCUCCUGAAGGAGUCGAGCUGAGUGCAGAAGGAAUAACUGGAGUUACACGUGUUCCUGCUCCCUUCAAAGUGUGUGCCAGAGCUCGCUGAGCCGUGCACCACAUCACCAACGCAACAGUAAACUAAACAAAAUUAUUAAGCAAAGUUGUAAUUUUAUAACCUCCUACUAUUAUUGUUGCGUAAUUUUUUACAGUCUGAAAAAGCUGUUAAAUGUCUUUUCAAGAUUUUUGACAUUGUAAGUUAUAAUAAAUUCACAACAGCAUAACAGUAUAACUGCAUCCUUUGAUAAAAUGACUGAGCAUUAACUGCACAGAAUAUUGUAGAUACCUGAAACCUUUAGUCAUCACUUUGAACUAAACAAUCUAUAAAUAACUUGCAUAGGCUGUCUAAUUUAUGUCAUUACUACAACUAGUUAAACAUUUUUAAGAUUACUAUGAAAGGUGUUUGUAGUGAGAAACUAAUAGCUAUUGAAUGUGAGCUGCUCAUUUAUCACUUGGAGACAGAUACACAAAAUUGUGCUGCUUCAUCACUAACAUUGUCUUUGUGCAAGAUAACUGAAGAUAUAAUAAACAUUAUUCAAGUUUCUGAGUGAUCGAAAGCUAUUAGAUUCAACCACACCAUUGCUUCUCAAACAAAACUAAAGCCAAUUAGUUUUUCCUGGGAAAAAUAACAACAGGAACCUCAUUUUUAGAAGUAAAGGUUCAUGAUAAAAGAAUUACAUCCUGUGGUCAGAUUUGGGUACUGCAGCCCAUUUUCAAAACAGACCAGUCACUUUCUCACUCCCAUUUGUGAGUUUGAUGGCUGUUGCCAGUUACGGUUAGUUGAUAGGUGGAUAAAUACAAUUCACUGUAACGUUGAGUUUUUGAUAACUGAGAAAGUUGUUUUGAGAUUUUUUUAGAGUCUACUAUUUAUUUCUAAUUCAUUGUCAGCAUUGUUAGCUCAACAUUAGGCUCUAACCUGCUUCGUCCGAUAGAGCAAAAAAAUAAAAAAUAAAAAGAUGUUGUGGCUUCUUAGGGAUACAAAAAAUAACUUCUGGGUCGCUUCUGCUGGCUUAGGAUGUUUACAAAACGCUGCUGUAUUUUUCUGGCCAGUGUCGAAUUACAAAUGCCAGUGCAGCGCUUUCUGGCACAGACUCUGCAACCUCGCAGGCUCACAAAUUUUAGGCAAAGACUAUGUCCCUCUUUGGCCCUUUUGAAAGGAGAAAACUAACAACUUCCCAGGUGGCUGAGAAGGAAAUCUGUUUUAAUGUAACCUUCCAACAUGAUUAUGGCAUUAGACUGGUGAUUAUUUCACUGUAAAAUUCUUAAAUAUUGUACCUUUAAUCAUAAAAUUUGUCAUUAGGGACCAUAUUCAGAUUUUAUGUGUUGAUUGUUUCAUUAAAAAAAUCAAAUAUUACAAUAUUCCACAAAAAUGACACGAGAUAAAUUUGUAUUCUGUUGAGUUAUCUCUAUAAUGUGGCUCAAUUUCUCUUACUAUCUUUGGAUAAUAUUUGACCAACUCUAGCAAUUCCAGCUUAAUGACAUCUGGGUUAAGCUGAGAACAUUUGCUGCUGAGUCACCAUGAAGUUGAAAUAUAUGAAACAUAUGUGAUAAGCAAUAGUGUUCAAAUCUAUUUCUAAACAUGUCAAAUAAUUUACAAGCAGCUGCACAAUAAAUCUAAUGAGUAGCUUUUACUACUUGUUUGCCUUUGUUAUCUUGACUCUUCUUACCCAGCAACAUCUAAUCUCUGACUUCUGCCACAGUUUUUUUUAUCAAAGGUGGAGUGGGUGAAAAGUAAUUCAAAAAUCCAAACGUAGCGUUAACAGCAUAUCACUUUUUCCACAAUUUGUUGUUACAACCAGAUUCAAAAACAGACUUUUAUCCCCAAAAUUCACACAAUGGCACCAUGAUUUUUUUUUUGUUUUGUUUUUUAGAUUUUGGCAAAUUAUUAAUAAUGCUUUAAAAAGCACAGAGGUGACACUUGAAGACUCAGCUCUUUAGUUUCUCCUACCCUAACCUCUAUAACCUCUAUAAUACGCUCAAUCUGGCUAGUGUCCUUUCCUCUAAGUAGCUCAUAUAAGGACAGUUUAAUGUUUUUUUCAGCGUGUAAAAUUAAUUUUUUGCAGGCAAAUUUUCUGAGGCGACCAUGAAACAUAAUGAUUAUUGUAUGGUAGUACAUAUUAUGACAAUGUCUACAAGUUCUCAUAUAAAAGAUGUACAAAAGUGA